GCGACAAGAGACGGGACGCCCGGGACGCGGACGCUGGUCGUGUGCUACUGUCCAGUGCUCUCCCGAGGCAGCACUGCGUCGGCCCCUGCGCUCUCGCGCCUCGCCCGGCCUCUGGGGGGCAGCCACAGCGCUAGCGCCGCGCGGGCCGUGACCCACGCCGCCGCCGCGGCGCCGCGGCGCAGGGUAGCCCCAAACGCCGCCGCCGUCUCAUCACAAAGAUGGUCUUCGUCCCCUUGGAAGGGAAUUUAACCCCGGAAGAACAGCACGCCAAGAUGCUGGAGCGCUUAAAUGAAAUGGAAAGUGGCCCGAAACAGCAGAAGCCCGGCGAAGGGCGCAAGACGAACAACGCGAAGGCGUUUUCGAACUCAAGGCAUCCGGACAAGAUCCACGCGAGGCAUCUCCAGCGACGGCAUCACUGCGAGCGCGUCAUCCAGGCGCGCAAGGACGCCUUGGACCUCGCCAAGAAAAUCGAGGACAAGUACCGGUCACCGAUGAACCGCUACGGCUUCUUGCACGAGAUGUGUUCGACGCAGGGUAUUGAUGAUCCACAAACUGUGAAAGAGUUAGCUCAUGUCAACUUACGUUUACAUGAGGAGACCAAAGACAUAACAGAUAGGUAUAAAGCGGCCAAUUUGGCCAAGGAAAGGAUCAAAAAUGCGGGAAAAAGCAUCAUCAAGAAGGCCCACGCGAAGGGCAACGCAUUACUCGGAGUUAUGGGCGCUGCCAUGAAGAAGAAGGCUGAAGAAGGUGGGGAGUCGGUCUAUGUCGACGAUAAACCUACAGAACCGAAGGAGAAGGAGUGGAAGGACAUGACAAGUCGAGAAAGGGCCAUGAAGUUCUAUAACCGGACACAGAUGCUGGCGGGCAAAAAUGACGCCUCUCCGGCCGUGAGAAAGAUGAAGGAGAACCGCAAGAAGGAUACUGAGACUGCGAAGGCCUCGAUGAAGCGCUCGGGCGAUGAUGUUCGACUCGCUGGCUUGAAGAACAAGAAGCGACCGGACCUCAAGGAACGACAGGUGCUGGAAAGACUGGAAGCGAAGUACCUGGGUCUUGUGUUUGUCGCCGAGGUGAAGCGGAAGGAGAAGGAAAAGGCCGACAAGCUGCAGAAGAUGCAGGAACGCGCGAAGGCGAUAGAAGCUCAAGACAGGGAGAACCGGCUCGAGGCGAAACUCAAACGGCAGAAACGAUUGAGAGAUAUGGCCGCCUAUGCUGGGUGGGGGAGACAGCCUCAUAGAAUGGAGGGAAGCAAGGCGCCUCGGUCCGUGUUGGCGUCGAAGGGACUGCAGAUUCUCGCGGCACCGGCGAUGCGGAAGCGGUCUAUUAGACUACCGUCGUUCAAGCGAACGGCUUUUAAACCAGUCAUGGAGCAGGUCGUCGAGGACGUCGAGGCGACGCCGAAGCGGAACGUCAGGGACUUUAUGUCGAAAGCGCUCGUCAAGCGGGACACAACCGUGGUCAGUCCGGAGGAGGACGAGAUGUCCGUGGUCACUUUGGAUUCUGCUGCGGCUACUAUUGGUUCGACAGCGCGCGGCAACCCGUUCUCGCCAUCAUCGAGGCGGCCGGCGUUGUCGCCGCUCGAGGCGCGUUCCUUGGAACUGGACGACAUGCUCGAGCCUGAGGGCGCCGAGGAGUCGAAAGCAGAAGGCUAA